UUAUAGGCCCUGGUCAAAUGUAGUGCACUACAUAGGGGAUAGGUUGCCAUUUGGACAUGCUGUGUGUUGAGAGGCUUUUACUUUGAGAGUGAGGGCUUGAGAUUGAGAGCCCCCUGUCCCAUUGCUCCUAAGAGGGAUGAACUGUACUCUCUGCUCUGCUUUGUCAAAUCAAAUCAAAUGUAUUUAUAUAGCCCUUCGUACAUCAGCUGAUAUCUCAAACCCAGCCUAAAAGCAAUGCAGGUGUAGAAGCACAGUGGCUAGGAACAACUCCCUAGAAAGGUCUGUGAAGAUUAUGCAUUAAUCCAGUAGGAUGCUGCAAUGUCAGUCUUUACUGUCAUCCCACCACCAGGCAGUGAGGAUGCUACAGCUGAAAGAGAGAAGGAAGCGAACUGGGAAAGUUAGUAAGAGAUAAGGAUGGGUGGCUUGGUGACUUUAGCUUGCUUUCAAUUCAUUUUCUUUGCUUAUACAUCAGUAUAGAGCUGUGCGAUAUGGACAAAAGUUGCGAUAAAUUGCAUGAAUUGAUAUGAUAACAAUCAGUACAAUGAUAAUCAUCUAACAUUAAUGUCUACCACAAUUAUUUUUUAAUCAUCCUGUAAACUACUACUACCAGUUUGAUGGUAGUAGCCAUCGAUUGUCCCAUUAACAAUCACCCAUAUUAGCAAACCUAUUUCAUUUCAAACGUCACAUUUCUCUAGAAUAGGCUACAUAUCGUCAUGAAGGAUAUCAGCAAAAAUGCUUGGGAUAAAAUUGAUCGGUAUGGUCAAUAAUUUAUGUAAUGAAAUGCAACCUAACCUUGAUUAGUGACUCAGUGUUUAAGUGAUGUCUUUAUGAACGUAUAUGAGUGCCAACGACAUGACGGUGGUGGGCCUGAUCGCUGACGGUGACAAGCCCUGGCAGAGCGGUGCCAGGAAAAUAACCUCAAUGUCAGCAAAACUAAGGAGCUGAUUGUGGACUAUAGGAAACAGGGGGAGCGGGGGAUCAAAAGCUCCAAGUUCCUCGAUGUGCACAUCACAGAGGACCUGACAUGGACCAUACACACCACCACUGUGGUGAAGAAGGCGUAACAGUGUCUCUUCAAUCUCUGGCGACUGAAGGAAUUUGGCAUGGGCCCUCAGAUCCUCAAGAUGUUCUAUAGCUGCACAAUCAUCUUGACCGGCUGCGUCACCGCUUCUACUGGAACGCUCUACACAGGGUGGUGUGGACGGCCCAAUACAUCACUUGGGCUCCUGGGCCUGUGUGUGUUGUGCGUGGGGGUGUACGCGGAGGUGGAGCGUCAGAAGAACCGUACCCUGGAGGGGGUGUUCCUGGCUCCCGCUGUGGUGCUAAUCCUGCUGGGCCUGGUGAUGUUCACCGUCUCCCUGGUGGGCAUGGUGGGCUCCCUCAGGGACAACAAGACCCUGCUACACAUGUUUUUGUGUGUCCUGUGUGUGCUACUGUUCCUGCAGGCUGUGGCUCUCAUCGUUGCGCUCAUCUUUGAGAAAAAGACAUCAGCCCUGUUCCAGAGCAGUAUACGAGAGGGAAUUAAACACUAUUACGAUGAUCUGGACUUCAAAAACAUCCUGGACUUUGUGCAACAGAAGUUCUCUUGUUGUGGUGGGGAUGACUACAAGGACUGGGGUGUCAAUCAAUACCAUUUCUGCAAUGGCACUGGGCCACUGGCCUGUGGCGUCCCUUAUACAUGCUGUGUCCCCCACAAGGUGCGAGAGGUUGUCAACACUCUUUGUGGUUACAAGACUCUCAGCCAACAGCGUGAGCUCCUGGAUGAGGUGAUCCAUGUGCGGGGCUGUAUCCAUGCUGUCAACCUGUGGAUGGGAGACAACGUGGGAGCAACUAUUGGACUCUGCUGUGCUAUAGGGCUGCCACAGCUGAUGGGCAUCAUGCUGAGCUGUAUGUUCUGGAACCUUCUGGUGGAGAUGAGUGAGUCCAUGGACAUGGUGGACUUCAAGAUCCUCAAGAGGGCUGGCUUCGAGUACAGCGAGCUGGACCUGGCUGGUGCUGGCUGCUGCCUGUGUCUGCCCAGAGACGGAGGCUACCUCCCUCUGCCAGCCUUAGACCCCAUCUUGUCUGACCCUGACCUAAAGCCCAUCCCCAUCCGGGUCCAGCGGCCCCUGCCCGUCCAAGUCCAUAAGCCCCUGGCCCAAUCCCUCCAAGACCUCCAGCUAUCUGGGCUUAGACUGGAUGAGGUAGACAUUGGGCGUAAGCAGAAUAAGCAGAAAAGAAGGGAAUAUUGAUUUGUGAAUUUUCUCAGUUUUGUUGUUGUUUUGGUCACUGUGUUUGUUGAAGUACAGGUUAGACCUGGGGUUCUAUUUGGUGGUCAGACCAAUCAAUGGUCAUUAACUGACAGGAUUACAGGUUAUAAUGGUCACGUUCCUAGUUGACUACAUUGCAGAUGCAUGCCAGAUCUCAAUUCCUGGAUAGGUGUUUAACAUAUCAGCUAACCGCACCAUAUGAUAUAGCAAUCUGAUUCCUGACUGCUCAGUCGAUGAUGUGGCACACAACAAUUGGUUGAUGCGAUGCAUGUAGUUGGUCUGGAAAGCGACCAGAGGUAUGGCACUUUGGCAAGGCAUUAUUGGCGCAGUCGUUUUCCUGUUUUUAUAUAUUUUUUAUUUUGAAAUCCGAAUCUUUAAAAGAACAAGAUGCUGCAGUGGCUUUUAGGCACCCCUUUAAGUGUGUCAUUUUUAAAAUGGAACGUUCAAAUGGAACUGCCGUCUCUGCAUUAUUUAAAUAUUUCCUAUCAUUUUGUUCCAGCUAUUUUUUGGGGUUUUGAUUUUGAGCUUCGUCUCAAAUGCUGAAGUUAAAGCAUACCUCAGGCUGUAUUCAAAUGUAGCCCAGUAGUCAGAAGAAGAUUUCCGUCAUGUAUAUUUACUAUACAGACUUUAUGAAAUGAUCAGUUUGAGAUGAUCAUUCUAGUCAGAGCAGAGGAAAAGGAAUAGUCAGUCUUGUCUUGCGUUGCGUUGCGUGUCUGUGAAGGAUGUGUAGCCUAAUGUUUCUUUUUUUAGUAUGAACUCUUUGAUUCCAUUUGUACCGGUAUGUAUGCUAUGAACUGCCUAUUCAGGAACAACGUGGGAAGCAUGUGUGUUUUGUAUUUUAAUGAAGUUUAAAAAAAAAACUGUUUACAGCUCUUUUAGGGUCUCAUCAGGCGUUUUCUGUCUCUUCUCAAACAAUUUCCUCCAUAUUUAUUAUACUUUUAUAAUACAUUAUAAGGGAUAAAACAAAUCCAGUCCAAACAGGGGCGGACUGGGACCAGAAAUCGGCCCUGGCAUUUCUAACACACCUGCCCAUUUUUUUAGUUGUGGCCCCCACACCAGCCCAUUUUUUCCCCCCCUUGAGGUCCCCAUUGUUACCCAGAUAAUGAUCAUUUUGCGCAAAAAUAAAAAAUUUACACAGGCCCACUGGGCUAAAAAUGGACCAGCCCAUCUGGCAUUUGCCCGAAUAGCCAGAUGGCCUGUCCGCCCAUGAGUCCAAAUGAUAUCAAUCCAUGUUUAGCUAGGAUCUUUUUUCAUAUCUGAUUUAUUUUAGAUUCAUCUUAGCUCUGGUCUUGUAUAAACACUACUGUCAUUGUUAAUAAAGCCGUUUUAAACUUGA